UGAAUGGCUAUGAGGUAACAUCGAGCAAGCAUUCGGAUGGUGAUGGUCCAAAACGAGCUCAGCAGGCACAACACACGGACGGUAACACAGCACCAGCGUCGUCGUCAUCAGCAACAGGUUCAUAUUCCACAACAAGUUGUACCAGCACACCUCUGAGGCAACGCCUGCCCUCGCAAGCGGGUCUCAGUGAUCUCAGUUCAGCGAAUCCGGGUAUAUUUGUGGGCGGCAUUGGUGGCAGUAACAUUUACUGCAACAACAUACAAACACCCAGCACAUUUAAUAGCAGCAAUCUCGGUGUCAAUUAUUCCAGUGUAGCUGGUCCCACUACGGCCAGUGGAGGUAACAUCAACAGCAGUGGAGGUUCUGGUGUAACUGGUACAGCAACAGGUCCUGUGGGUGGUAGUGGUACAACCGGAAGCGGAGAUUGUGGCAUUGUUGGUACUGCAGCAGCAGGAGCAACAGCAACAGGAGCAUCGUCUGGUUCCGCAUCGGCCUCAACACCAUCAGCAGGUGGAGGAGGCAGCGGCGUCGCCAGUGUUCCCAGACGCCAGGGCAGUUUUACGAAUGUGUUUUCGAAAAUAAUUGAUGGUAUGCCAGCCGGAACAAUGUUUUCAAAAUUCAAAAACGUCAGCACUCCAGUCGUCCAGCAGACUGUCAUCGAUGGCAAUCCCAUUAAACAGUAUUUUGACAUUGGCAAACAGGUGGCCUGUGCUGGGCCAGAGUUGGCAUGGAAAAUCCAUGAGGGACACCGGAAAAAUGACGGAAAGGUAUGCUCAAUAUUUGUUUUCGAGAAGAAAAUUGCAGAAAAAUUGCACAAACCGAGACGCAAAGAAACCAUUACGGAAAUUUUAAAAAAUUCUGUAAAAAAUUUGGAACGAUUUCGACAUCCGAAGAUGUUGCAGGUCAUUCACACUGUGGAGGAAUCAUCUGACACUUUAGCAUUUGCCACAGAACCUGUUAUGGCCAGUUUGGCAAAUAUUUUGGCCUAUCAUGAAUCCAAGACAUAUGAAAAUGUUAUGCCACCCAAUUCUGGAAAUAAUCAAAAUACCCAACCCAGCCAACCUGCCGUACCACAGAGACCGGCCCAUGCCAAGGAGUAUACGUUUUUGGAUAUUGAAUUGAAGUGUGGAUUUUUACAGUUAGUGGAGGCGAUAACAUUUCUGCAUUAUUCGGGGCAUGUCAUACAUCGAAACAUAUGUCCGGCGUCAAUAUUUAUUACAAAAAGGGGUACCUGGAAAUUAGGUGGCCUAGAAUUUUUAGAAAGAAUGAAUGAGACUGAUAUCAAUGACUUUAUAACAUGUCAACCAUGGACAACUCGCAUAUCAAAAAUGGCACAGCCAAAUUUGGAUUUUAUGCCACCUGAAACACAAUUACAUUCGAAAUGUAGUCUUCUCAGUGACAUGUUUUCUUUAGGUUUAGUAAUCUGUGCUGUCUUCAAUAGAGGGCGACCCAUCAUACAAUCGGGUAAUGUACCCGCCAACUAUAUCAAGCAAUUGGAAGCGCUGGAUGAAAACGUACAAAAAAUGUUGCCCCGAGUACCGGUGCCAUUACAGGAAGCCACAUCUCGUCUGGUGAAUCGAGAUCCAACAGCCCGACCGACAGCUCAGCUUUUGCAGUUGAUUAAAUACUUUGUCGAUCCUGCGGUAAAUGCCCUCAAGUUUCUCGAUGUGGUUAACAUGAAGGAUACAUCGCAGAAGACCCAAUUCUAUAAAGUUACCUUAAUGGAAAGUAUGCCGCUGAUACCAAAGAAAUUGUGGUGGCAGAACCUAUGGCCCAUGUUACAAUCGGAAAUUAGCAAUGGCGAAGUGCUGGCAGCUGUUCUACACCCUGUCCUCACUUUAUUACAGGAUGCAUCGAGGCAGGAAUACGAAAGUGUUAUGGCGCCAACAAUGAAAAUCAUUCUGAGUGGGCCCAAAUCAAUACAGGCCACAGUUACACUGCUCGAGAAUUUGCAUUUGGUCAUAGAAAAGACACCGGCACCUGAUAUUGUCACCGACAUAAUGCCAAUGUUAUUUUCCUCCUUUGAGAGCUCAACCAUACAAGUUCAGAAUGCCGCCGUUGUUGCCGUCACAAACGUCUACGAUUGUAUCACUGAAAUGUCAAUUAAGCGAUUAGUCUUGCCGAAGGUUAAAUCUGUUUUCGAAAAGAAUUUAAACGAUCCGAAAAUUGUGCAAAAUGUUCUCAUCUGCAUUGAAAGUCUUAUGGAUAAAAUGGACAAGCAGGAGGUCACAGAGGAAAUAUUGACGAUACUUGCUGGUGUCGAAAUACCGGAUCCAGAUUUAAUUAUGCGUUCAGUGCGUAUUUAUCAAAGGCUAUUUUGCGAUUCUUCAUAUGGCUUAACAACGGAGGCGGUUGCCAAUAAUGUAUUGCCCUUGCUGAUACCACACACCAUAAAUCCGCACUUGAAUUUGGAUCAAUAUUGCUUUUUACUUGAGGCAAUUCAUGCAUUCCUGGAUAGCAUCGAUCGCCAACAAAAGACCCGUUUGAAAAUGGAGAAUCUCUCAAUGUCAUCACCGGAACGGCAUCGUACGCUAAGACAUCAGUACUCGACGGAUAAUAUGAAUGCGAUACCACCGUUCAAUAUACCCAAUUUACGCAUUGAUCAGCGUAAGACAUCCAGUGCCGAGGAUAUGGCCAGAAAGAAUUCUGGAGGUAAGGUUUACACUGGCUCUGGCAUGUUGGGUGGCUGGUGGUUUGGCUGUUCUCCCUCAUCGCCGGAUAGUAAUUUCCUACGCGUGGCCAAUGCAUUCCCAAAUCGACGGCUGUCGGACAAUACGCUAAUGACACCAAAAAUACGCAUUGCACCAUCCUGCGCCUCGUCACCGGGCGGUACACCGGGCAGUGGUCUGCCAACGCGUCGCCACUCAAGUAUAGGACCGCAGGAAAGGCGUGGCUCGACCAUAAAUCUAUCGCCACCAACGGCAUAUGGUUUCGGUGCAAGAGGUGGCUCAGGAUCAAGUCUGUCGGUUCCCUCAUCGUCUGUCUAUGUAAAAUCUCCUUUAUUAUCAUCCAACAAACAGGGUGGAUCGAUGCCGAACACCUCGAGCAGUGUACCGUUCUUAUUGUCAUCGAGCAUGCAAUCGAUACGUUCCAGGCGUACCUCAGCAGCACUGUCGUCCGGCCCGCUGGGCUCCGGUUCGGGCCUGCUGCAACAGUUGGGCAGUGGCAUGGUAAGACAAUUCACUUCCGUAUCCGCUACACCAAAUCAAAUGAUACCCGUUAUAAAUAUUAAUAAUCAGCGACAGAAUGUCCGAAAGUGUCCGUCACUCAAUAUAACAUUUAGUCAGUAG